CUUCCCACCCUGGAGCCCCAUAGUUAGGAAUGACCCCUGUUGUCUCCACUUCCUGCAUCUGAGAUAUGCUUGGAGCAUCAGAGGAGGCAUGGUCUGGAUAAAACUCCUUCUGGGUCUGGUGGGGAAGCUACUUCAUGGACAGACGUGCUCAGCCCAUGGGCAGCCAGACCUGGCCUAAGAGAAGGCCUUUGUUGCCCCUUUAACCAUCGUGGCUGGAUAUCAGACCCACUUGUGCCCUGGCAGGUGCCUUCGUGCAGUGUACAAAUUACAAACCCAAAUGCUGCAGGGCAAGGUGGUGGGACAGGAGAGUCACAAAGCGCUGUCUUCUUUUUGUUACCCCGAGGCCCUGGCUCCUGCCUCACCAGGGCUGCUCUGUGAACGUGGGCCCCUCCCGCACACUUGCGCUGACGUCUGGGACUGGGACGCUGUGGCUGACACUGUCGUUUUCUCUCUGCAGGCUCCAGGGCCCUGUGGAACAUCAUGAACUGGGAAGAGUAGCCAAGCCCAAGAACCUCUCCACGAAGAGCAAGGAAGAGCUGACAGUUUCUCCCUGUGCCUGACCUCAUCCGCCUCCUGCUCUGCCCCCACUGGCUCCUGGACAAGAGCUGGGCUUCCAGCAGGACCUUUCCACAGGGGAUGGGCAACUGGUGAAGUCGGGCUCACUGCCGGGGCCCAGUUGGCCACACCAUGAACCUCCAGGCCCAGCCCAAGGCUCAGAACAGGCGGAAGCGUUGCCUCUUUGGGGACCAGGAACCAGCUCCCAAGGAGCAGCCCCCACCCCUGCAGGCCCCACCGCAGCCCCCAGCCCCUCCACAGUCCACCAGAGUGAAGGAGGAGCCUUACUUUGGGCACGAGGGUCCGGCAGGGGCCACCCCGGUCUCCCAGCCUGUGGAGCUGCCCCCUCCCAACAGCCUGGCUCUGCUGAACUCGGUGGUGUACGGUUCCGAGCGGACCACGGCAGCCAUGUUGUCCCAGCAGGUGGGCUCCAUCAAGUGGCCCAACUCGGCGGCGGCUCCCGGGCGGGGCCCUGAGCGCGGAGGCGGUGGGGGUGUGAGCGACAGCGGCUGGCAGCAGCAGCCCGGCCAGCCUCCACCGCACACGACGUGGAGCCGCCACAGCCUGCCCCUCUACAGUGGACCCAAGGGGAGCCCGCAUCCCGGCGUGGGGGUCUCGACCUACUACAACCACCCUGAGGCGCUGAAGCGGGAGAAAGGAGGGGGGCCGCAGCUGGACCGCUAUGGAACUGCGGUGCGGCCGGUGAUGCCGCAGAAGGUGCCGCUGGAGGUCGGGCGGCCCCAGACGCCCCUGAACUCUUUCCAUGUGGCCAAGAAGCCCCCAAACCAGACACUGCCCCUGCAACCCUUCCAGCUGGCGUUUGGCCACCAGGUGAACCGGCAGGUCUUCCGGCAGGGCCCACCGCCCCCCAACCCAGUUGCGGCUUUCCCACCGCAGAAGCCGCCGCCGCCGCCGCCGCAGCCCGCCCUCCCCCAGAUGCCGCUCUUUGAGAACUUCUAUCCCAUGCAGCAGCCCCCCUCUCAGCAGCCCCAGGACUUCGGCCUGCAGCCGGCCGGGCCCCUGGGGCAGUCCCACCUGGCUCACCACAGCAUGACGCCCUACGCCUUUCCCCCCAACCCUGACAUGAACCCAGAACUGCGCAAGGCCCUCCUGCAGGAGUCGGCCCCACAGCCUGUGCUACCUCAGUCCCAGAUCGCCUUCCCCCGCCGCUCCCGCCGGCUCUCCAAGGAGGGUGUCCUGCCUUCUGCUCCCCUGGAUAUGGCUGGCACCCAACCCGGACAGGAGCCCACCAGCAACCUGUUCCUGCAUCACUGGCCCGCACAGCAGCCGCCCCCCGGCCCCCUGGGGCAGCCCCAUCCUGAAGCUCUGGGAUUCCCGCUGGAGCUGAGGGAGCCUCAGUUGCUGUCUGACGGGGAGAGACUGGCACCCAACGGUCGGGAGCGGGAGGCUCCCACGAUGGGCAGCGAGGAGAGCAUGCGGGCCGUGGGCACAGGGGACUGUGGGCAGGUGCUACGGGGUGGGGUGAUCCAGAGCACUCGUCGGAGGCGCCGGGCAUCCCAGGAGGCCAAUUUGCUGACCCUGGCCCAGAAGGCAGUGGAGCUGGCCUCGCUGCAGAAUGCAAAGGAUGCCAGUGGCUCCGAGGAGAAGCGGAAAAGUGUGUUGGCUUCAACUACCAAGUGUGGGGUGGAGUUUUCUGAGCCUUCCUUAGCUGCCAAGCGAGCACGAGAGGACAGCGGGAUGGUACCCCUCAUCAUCCCAGUGUCUGUGCCUGUGCGGACUGUGGACCCAACUGAGGCGGCCCAAGUUGGAGGUGUUGACGAGGACGGGAAGGGUCCUGAACAGAACCCCACUGAACACAAGCCAUCUGUCAUCGUCACCCGCAGGCGGUCCACACGCAUCCCUGGGACUGAUGCCCCAGCCCAGGCUGAGGACAUGAAUGUCAAGUUGGAAGGGGAAGCUUCAGCGCGGAAACCAAAGCAGCGGCCACGGCCUGAGCCCCUGAUCAUCCCUACCAAGGCGGGCACUUUCAUUGCCCCUCCCGUCUACUCCAACAUCACCCCAUACCAGAGCCACCUGCGCUCUCCCGUCCGCCUAGCCGACCACCCAUCUGAGCGGAGCUUUGAGCUGCCGCCCUACACCCCUCCCCCCAUCCUCAGCCCUGUGCGGGAAGGCUCCGGCCUCUAUUUCAAUGCCAUCAUGUCAACCAGCAGCAUCCCAGCGCCCCCUCCCAUCACGCCAAAGAGUGCCCAUCGCACCCUGCUCCGGUCUAAUAGCGCCGAAGUCACCCCACCUGUCCUCUCUGUGAUGGGGGAGGCCACCCCAGUGAGCAUCGAGCCACGGAUCAACGUGGGCUCCCGGUUCCAGGCGGAAAUCCCCUCGAUGAGGGACCGUGCUCUGGCAGCUGCGGACCCCCACAAGGCUGACUUGGUGUGGCAGCCGUGGGAGGACCUCGAGAGCAGCCGGGAGAAGCAGAGGCAAGUGGAAGACCUGUUGACAGCUGCCUGCUCCAGUAUCUUCCCUGGCGCUGGUACCAACCAGGAGCUGGCCCUGCACUGUCUGCAUGAGUCCAGGGGAGACAUCCUGGAGACGCUGAAUAAGCUGCUACUGAAGAAGCCCCUGCGGCCCCAUAACCAUCCACUGGCAACGUAUCACUACACAGGCUCUGACCAGUGGAGGAUGGCGGAGAGGAAGCUCUUCAACAAGGGCAUUGCCAUCUACAAGAAGGAUUUCUUCCUGGUGCAGAAGCUGAUCCAGACCAAGACCGUGGCCCAGUGCGUGGAGUUCUACUACACCUACAAGAAGCAGGUGAAAAUUGGCCGCAAUGGGACGCUAACCUUCGGGGAUGUGGAAACGAGCGACGAGAAGUCAGCCCAGGAAGAGGUUGAAGUGGACAUUAAGACUUCCCAGAAGUUCCCUAGGGUGCCUCCUCCCAGAAGAGAGUCUCCAAGUGAAGAGAGACAGGAGCCCAAGAGGGAAGUAAAGGAGACCAGGAAGGAGGGGGAGGAGGAGUUGCCAGAGAUCCAGGAGAAGGGAGAGCAGGAAGAGGGGCGAGAGCGGAGCCGGAGGGCUGCGGCUGUCAAAGCCACACAGACACUACAGGCCAAUGAGUCGGCCAAUGACAUCCUCAUCCUCCGAAGCCAUGAAUCAAAUGCCCCUGGGUCUGCUGGUGGCCAUGCCUCAGAGAAGCCAAGGGAGGGGACAGGGAAGUCACGGAGGGCACUACCUUUUUCGGAGAAGAAGAAAAAACCAGAGACAUUUAACAAGACCCAAAAUCAGGAGAACACUUUCCCUUGUAAAAAAUGUGGCAGGUAA